UGCCUACGUAUGAAGCGUCACAGCAUAUAACGCCAUUUGAAAAUUCGGAGGAUUUCUUCGAAAUCAGAGAUUACUUCCCAUCGAAGGAAUCCUACUCUCUCUCUCUCUCUCUCUCUCUCUCUCUCUCUGCUACUUUAAAACGAUAUAAUUUUCGAUUUCCGUUGUACACAUCAUCUCUUUCUAGAUGGGUCUGGUGUAUCAAAUAUUCCAAAUUCUGUGCUGAAAAGCCAGAAUCCUCUCAUCCAAAGAUUCUUGAAGCCAGUCCCAAAAUUCAAUCUCUCUUCUUUUUGUCGAUCUAAAAACAGGGAUUCUAGGGUUGCUGUUACUCUCCUAUGUCUUUAGUAUGAGAAGAAAAAUCAAAUUCUAAUUAAAAAACCUAUCAGAAGUCGAAUUCUAGGGUUUCUAAUCUGUGUAGUGAGAAGGUAGAAAAAUGGGGCAGCAAACGUCCAAAGAGGAGUUGCUUUAUCAGCAAGUCAGCUAUGGAAAUGUUGAAGGGAUCAAGCUUAUCCACAGCGAGGGUGGGGGUCUCGAGUGGCUUGAUAGAGAAGGUAAGACCCCUCUGAUUGUCGCAUGCACAAAGCCUGAUCUUUUUGAUGUUGCCAAAACAUUGAUUGAACUUGGAGCCAACGUGAAUGCUUACCGUCCAGGGUUUCGUGCAGGAACUCCAUUGCAUCAUGCUGCAGCGAGAGGCCUUGAGCAGACCGUUAAGUUACUUCUUUCUUAUGGAGCAAAUGCUUUAGUAAUGAAUGAUGAUUGGCAGACCCCUCUUGAUGUAGCUAGAGCAAAGGGGCAUCCCAAUGUCGUCCGUGUCAUCGAGAGUCGCAUCUGCUUAUUCUCGGGUUGGCUGCGGGAGCUUAAUGGGCCGGGCUUUCUUAAAGCAUUUGUUCCUCAAUGGGUUUCACAGAAAGUUUGGGCAGUGGUUAUCCCCCGUGAUUCGCGUAAUCCUUCUAAUCCUCAGAAAUUUGAGCUUGCAGUAUAUCCUGAUCCCCAGGCUCAAAGGGAAGAGCAUGUGGGAAGGCCAAGCGGAGGAAGAUGCAGAAGGAGAAGGAGAAGAAGAAGAAGAGAGAAUCAGAUUGCUCAGCCUCAUACAGUUAUUAAGCUUUGGAAGGCUAACAUUGAGGAACCAGAUUUUAACCAGUCAGAUCCUUCACUGGUUAUCGUUGACAAGGCCAACAAAUCACGAUUUAAGUUCUUAUCUGCAAAUGAGGGUGACAAGCAGCAACUUGAGUGGUUCUAUGACGCCUGCAGAGGAAUGCAACAGCUCAACAUUCCAGCAACAGAAACAAUAUCAGCUCCAGAAGAUGCAGAGUAUACAAUGAACUUCAGUGGCUCUCAGUCAGCUACUGAGGAGAGUCUGCUAAGCUUUCCUUCCGACUCAGUUUCAAAAACAAGCCACCCAAAUGGUUUGGGUAACUCCAUGGACAAUGCUGGCCAAAUUGGUUUGGUCCCACCAGAUGGACCACCAACUUCAAAGAUUAGUGGCAGUGGCUGGUUGGAUGAACCAUCUACUAGUAGUACCUAUAAUGGAUGGGGAGUGCCUGAAGUAGUUGGGCCAAGUGAAAAUCCAGAUCAAAAUCACCAAAGCCAGCUAAGUACACCUAUCACUGUAUCAAUUCAAAAUAAUCCUCCUUCAGCUCCACCAAUUCCUGGGGAAAGCUCAGAUGAUGGUCCAAUCGUAUAUCCAACCAUCGAUUCCAGCCCUGUCGAUGUAUCCAUGCCAACUGUGGAGAUGAGGCCAGCACCAAGCAAACUAAAAGAAGAUGGUGAUGCUUCUGCAUCAUGCGUGAUUUGUCUAGAUGCCCCGAAAGAGGGGGCAUGUGUCCCCUGCGGUCACGUUGUUGGUUGCAUGUCUUGUUUGAAUGACAUCAAAGAAAAAGGAUGGGGGUGCCCACUUUGCCGUGCUAAGAUCGAUCAGGUUGUAAAGCUCUACCAUGCCUGAAUAACGAAGCCAGAAAUGCUGAACUGAGUUUGUUCUGAACCUGUUUGAAUCUAAAGGUUGUACAGAUGGUUCUUUCGGCUGUGUUGUAUGUUUUUAUCAGGGAGGAUUUUAAGAGGGGUAUUUCUGG